AUGUGCCUAAGGCGUAAGCAAACUGUGCACGCUAAGAGAAGAGGAGAGAUGUUCGCAAUGACUACCACAAGAAAGCCGCCCCUCUCUCUAAAAGGGCCCGUCACUUCGUUCGUACCUUCUUGGCUUAGGCUUGCAACUUCACUUACUUUAUGGCCUUGCCGCCUUUUUAUAGCAGAAGCUAAGCGCUUGAAAAGCGCGCUAAGAAAGGUCAACGUACGUAGCAGCAAGGAUGGUGCAUCGCCUCUUUCUCGUUCUCGCUCGGGAGCCAAAACGAACACGCCUGCUACCUACUGUACUGGACCUUCGACCAGGCAUUCUACCUUUGUCGAAUCGGAACCAAUACCACUGCAUUGCGCUCGAACAGUUGAGCGGCCGCCGGCCCUUCCGUGCACAGAUAUAGAUUCAUUCUUCGUACCUGGUCCAGCCUCACAACCCUUCGCGGGUUGGGCUUUGAGAAGAGGGGCAACAGUGAAGAUACCGAGACCGUGUCUAUGGGGUCUUAGUAAGAAUCUGUUGCAAGCAAAUGCAUGUAAGGGAGGAAUGCCCGCAUUAAGAUUUAAAACUUGUCGUCUACUUGAAGGAAAUGUUUGGAACAGGAAACUUACAAUAAUACAACGCCGCAUUCUUCGAAGAUUGAGGAACAAGACGAGAUCUAUUAAGAGAAUGAUUUAUUCUCGAAAAAAUCUGAAUAGUUACAUCCAAUUACAAACUACACGAAAGUUGCCCCUUUUUCAUGGAGAUUUACCCAUCACAGAGAUGCAUAGAGGAACAGAACGAACUUCAUAUAUCCCUUUUCCACUCAAUCCAGAAACAAGAUCGGACGUUAUUCCGGUUCGUCUCCAUUUUAGUGAAACUCUUCCUCAAGCAAGGCAGCCGAUAAGUCAUCGAAGGCUUUUUGUUAAUAAUGUAAUAGUCAGCAUUACUUCUUUUCAAGUUUCCCAAGGUGAUUUCAUAUCUUUUAAAGAAAAUGAUACUCUAAUCUAUUCAGAAAUAAGGAGAUCCUUCUAUAUCGAAAUUUCAGUUUCUAAAAUCAUAGGAAAAUUCCUGGAUAGCCCGGUAAGAAUGUGGAGAAGAACCAAAACGGAAUGGUUCCGCUUACUUAAAACUAAGAGGGGAUGCCGCCUACUACUGAAAGACCCGUUUUUGCAACAGUUGCGUUCUUCUAUGCAAGACGAAGACUUAGAAAGAACAAAGAAGUUUGGAUCCGAAAAAGUAUGCUUAGGCAGUUCUUUCGCUGAGCACAAGAGAAUAAAGAGGCAUUUUUAUCAUUUCAAAUCGAUAUUCUUAUCGAAGAGAAGGAACGAAAAAACCCUAAAUCUUACUACUAGAAAAAGAAGUCCUAUAGUUUACAACUCUUCUUUCUAUAGUAAUUUGACCUCUUGCUCCACCCAUCAGUCUUCUAUGAAGAGAAAAAUAAAAAGCUCUUCCCUAUCUACUCAUUAUUCGGAGGUGAAUCAUAGAACACUAAAAGCUGUGCUAUCUUAUGGACCUAACAUAGGUCACAUCCCUCACGUGCGCCAAGAGCACAUUCGAUAG